GUUCUACGGAGCUCGCGCAGCUGAGGACGUCAGUCCUCCCUCCGUCCAGUGGCGACGCAUAACUCACGCUCUCACGACAAAAUCUGCGCUCUGCAUGCGGAUUCCUGCCCGCGCCGAAACGUGAUUUUCUCGCGCGUUUUCUGCUGAAAACUUGACACCUAGGCUUUCUUCGAUCCAUGCCUCGAAACGUACACUGGUGUCUCUUCCGCGGACGUUUCUUAUCACCCAGUCUCCCCCCACGAUCUGGCGAGGCCUCAGACAACUGGCGACAAGUCGCCUUCGCAUCUCUCGUACGUCGAGAGAACGAUUUUCCUCUUUACUGAACUCUCUCUCCCAUACUCGGGCUCGUCCACCGUCUCCUUUGUCUCCUUCGCUCCUGCCUCCUUUGUCUCCGUGGCUCCCUUCUUUUCUCUCCUCUUCUCCCGCCUCUCUUCCUUCUCUUUCCUUUGCAUCCUCUCCUUCGUCUCCUUCUCCUUCGUCUCCUUCUCCUCCGCGUCUGGCAUCUUCGCUUUCUUCGUCUCGAAUGAGACCUCGCAGACUCUCUGGGGGGUGCGAAGCCCCCGAGUCUUUCUCCGGACCUCCCGAAGGUCCGGCGACGGCUGUUUCCGACGCGCCUUCAUCUGUCUCUGCCUUGACGCGCUCGACUUCUGCUCCGCAGCGCGCCGACCUCUCUCGUUAUCCUUCUUCGGCAGCGCGAGGCUCAAAGGACGAUGGGCUGCGCGAGAGAAGACCGCGAGAGGCAGACACAAACGUCAGAGACGAACCUGCAGAUUCCAAACACACAUGGCCUGGCAGCGAAGGCGCCGAUGCCGGGGCGGAAGCGCGAGGCGCCGUCUGCCCGUCGCCUGUGGCUGCAUACAGAAAGAGGCACAGCCGGAGCAGCGACAGAGGCCACAAGACACUCGCCGGGACAGACGGACAAACCAAAGAAAUGGCGAAAACGAGACGCAGCUUCUUCCUGAGUUUCCUCGAUCGAGAAGGCGAGGAGCCGCUCCACAUCAACGUCUAUCUCAUGCUCUACUUCCGUGUGGUGAACUCCAUUUCCUAUGCCGCGAGAGCCGCUGCGAUCUUCGACGCUUAUCUGCACAUGCGAUUCGGCGGCAAUCGAGCUAUUGGAACGCUUGUCUCCUUCAGUGGCCUCGUGACGAUUGUCGUGGCGCCUCUGGCAGGCGUGGCGGCUGAUCGCUUCAAGUCGCGGCGAUGUUUCUUUCUCCGUUGUUCUGCUCUCUUCGGCUUUGCAUGCAUCUACGUGAACUGGCUAGCUGUGAGCGGCGACAACUUUUCUCUCUUCAUUCUCAACACCUUCAUGUGGAAGGCCUGGUGGGAGUUCGUCACCGUCUGCACAGAGGCGCUCUUCAACGACUGCAUUCCUCCCGGAAGACGAAGCGAGCUGUAUGUGUAUCGACGAAUCGCAGCAACUCUCGCAAACGGCGUCGGACCUCUUUUCUCUCUGGCGGUGUUUCUUCUCGAAGGCAAUGCGUGGAGUCUCCCAGUGCUUCACAGCGUCCUCCAUGUCGGGCUCAUUCUCACAGUGCCUCAGAUGGUGCUGCUGUGGGUGUGGCGGGAUGUACCUUCUGGUCUCUCGGAGUGCAUGCAUCUGCGCGGGAAGGAAGAGCAGCAAGACUUUGUCUCGGAGGACGGAGGUCGAGGCCGCGAGGAGCGCGAGGCGCCGGCGUCCAGAACGUCACCAGCGAAUUCCACUGUGCUGCAGCGCAGGCAGGGAGCUCGACGCUCGAAAGAGGCAAACAGGCAAGAGGCCUGCCGCCGAGCAGCUGUGCCCUGGCUCGUGUUUGUCUCGCAUUUCGUCACGUUUUGUGGAGCAGGAAUGACAGUGAAGUAUUUUCCUUUGUUUUUUAAGUCGGAGUACCAGUUCCAGCCUACGCAGACGUGUCUGCUCUCCUCUGUCUACACACUGUUCAUCGCCUUCUUCACGUACGUUAUUCAACAUUUCGCUGCCUAUCUCGGCCGUCCCCAGGCGUCUCUUCUCUUUACUGGCUUAGGCAUUUGCUGCCUCUUUCUGCUCUCCGCCUUCCAUUACCUGCCUCUUGUCAUCGUCUUCUACCUCUUCAGAGGCGCCCUGCAAAACGCGUCGACUCCGAUUGAUCGGUCUUUGUUGAUGGAUUUCAUCGACUCUAAACACGUCGGGAAGUGGAGUGCGAUGCAGUCUGUGGCCACGAUGACGUGGUCUCUCUCAGCUCUAGUCGGCGGCUACAUUGCUGACCGUGUCUCCUACAGGCAGACGUUUGUGAUCACAGGGUGCGUGUACAUCCUGGCGGAACUGAUUUACCUCCCUCUACUUUGGCUGGUACCAGCCCACCUGGACUCGGCGAGAAAUCGCCCUCUUGCCAAGAGAAAAGCUAAGAGCGUGGAGAGGCUGGAGGCCGAGAAACUCGAGAUCGAGGUGUCCGAUGGAGAGGCAAACUGCCCUGCCUAGGUUCUUUCUUGAAACAUGCUGCUUUCUGUCAGCUAGAGGAACCUUUGCGAAAGUGCAGAGCGUAAAAAGAACCUGAGAGCUCGCAGGCGGGGACAGUGUUGCGCAGUGUGGCAUGCAGUGGGGAAGAACACAACAAAGGCAGAACUCCCAGAUACCCAGGGCUGGGCGCUGUGAAUGCGAGACUCCUCGAGAGGCAUGCGUUUUCGUCUCGCGGAUUCUGUGUAUACAGAGACAAGCGAUCAGAAAACUUGUGGAAAGCUAGUAGAGGGAGAAGGAAAAUGGAGACAAAACAGUUGGAAGCAAGAGGUUAAGCGAAGUAAACAAGGCAGAAGUUAGGUGUGUGGCAGUGGAAAGACGUGUUAGAAAACCCGCAUCAGGAUGAGAAGGCGAAAGUAGAAAGAAAUGGCGACGAAAGUGGUGCGAUGUCGCUAUUGAAACUCCCCAGUCAGUGGCGAAUUUUGUGAAUUGAUGUUGCACCUGAAACUUCAGAAUUUGGCCUACAGCCUUGGUUUCUUUUGAAAAAAACAACUCGGCUGGUCUAGGCACCCGCCUAGUUUCUUCUGGAAAACGCUUAGCCCGCUGUAACACAAAGCGUGAAAUGAAGACGUUCGGGGUUCGUGAUUCGAUGUCUGUGGGUUUUUUUCCCGUCAAACGAACGCCAGGGAAACAGGUUGUGUGUGUCCGAUCGAAACGUGCAUGAUCUGAUUUCUAGAGAGCUGCAAACAAUCGGACUGCAUCGCUUCGCAGGAAUGUUUGCGUCAGCUGAAACUCGAGAAACGUUUGGCUUGCCCAUGGGGAAGAGCUUUUAUUCUAAGUGAGAUACGUGGCCC